UUUUGUUCUACAUUGUCCUCAAGUUUGUUCAUGUUUUAUCUUAUGUCAACACAAGCAUUCAUAUUUUAGCUGUGUAAAUAUUAUACUAUCCCCCGGAGUCCGCCAUACCGAGGUGCAGUGGAUGUGCUGGUUGCUUCGGAUUUCGUACGCAAAAGAUCCGGUGUCACCGUGACCUGACACAAAACCUAGUGCCAAUUAACGCUGUGUACGUUAGUGUUUGUAUGUACGUGGUAGUGUCACUGGUAUCUUUCACGGAUUCCCGAAUAAAUCGUAUUUCACGUCAUGACCCCGUACAAACUGUCCCCCGAGGAUUGGAAAGACGCGGCCAUGAUAUUGAGGGACCGUCACAGAAGUAUUAUGGUGUAUGGACUGCUGAAAAAGCUGAUGGAGGGGAAGUGGGAAGGGUUCGAGAUCUGGGUGGACAGCUGGCCUGAGUUCAAAUCUCUGGUCAUGAAACCGUCCGGCGAAAAGCAGAUGGACCCCUACACCGGCAAGUUUUAUUUCGUUGACAGUCAAGACGUGGCGAGUAUGACGUCACUCCUCGACGACCCGCGGAUCAUCACUUGGAAUGAGGACAUCAACCUUUGCGUGGCCGACACGGUCUGGCCUCUGGUGGAACAGAGAGCCAAAGAUAGAGGCAACAUCCGCUGGGUUGCAGAUGCACCGAUAUAUACAGUAUCACGUGACACAUUAGUUGACAUAAAAGUACCGGAUGGAUUUCAAGAAGUACCCUUGGGUAGUGACGCCAUCUCGCACGUGAAUGACAACUGGACAUUCAAGGUACCCGGUAUUGACCAGUUUACACAUCUGUUGGUCGAGAGAGGCUAUCCGACAGUCUGUUUCCGAGACCCGACAGGGGCACUGGCGGCCUACGCUGCGACUCAGUUCCACAACUUGCUGGGCAUGCUGACUGUACUUCCGCCGUUCCGGGGAAAGAAGUUGGGCACCGCUGCAAUGGGUCUACUGGCUCGGAAAACCUUGGAGGAGGAUGACGUUGUCGGAGUGCUCGUGGAGGACAACAACGCCGUCUCCAUCCACAUGCAUACGAAACUCGGGUUCAAACCCGUACCGGGUAGUAAAAUUAAUUGGUCCUUUUUCACCUGCUCACAACGAUCGGGUACACCCUAGUAGUAAACACAGAAUGCGCGUAAGCUGCACUGUGUAAUUCGCAGCUGAAAAUGAUUAUAUUUAUUGUCAUUGAAAU